AUGACCGCUACCAAAAACGCAAAGCCUCUGGGCAUCGUCUUCGUCCACGGCGGCUUCCACCAAUCCUCCUGUUUCGACGUACCCAGAUCCCGCCUCGAAGCAGCAGGCUUCUCCCCCAUCAUCGGCGUCAACCUCCCCAGCGUCGGCACCAACCCCGACGUGAGCGUGGAAGACGACGCCCGCCAGAUCCGGCACGACCUGGCCCCCCACCUCGACGAGGGCAAGGAAUUCCUCGCCAUAGCGCACUCCUACGGCGGCACGCCCACGACGAUAGCCGCCAAGGGCCUCUCGGUGUCCGAGAGGGCCGCGGACGGCAAGAAGGGCGGCGUCCGCGCCGUCGUCUACGUCACGGCCAACAUGCCCGCCAAGAAGGGCGCCAGCGCGCUCAGCGUGCUGCCGCCCAUCGACAUCGUCGACGUGACCGACGACGGCCUGGUCACGGCGAACGCCAAGGCGAAGGCGGUCUUCUACGGGCCCGACAUGGCGGACGAGCUGGCGGAGGAGUGCAUGGCGUCGCUGCUGCCGCAGUCGCAGAAGGCGCUGUUCGGGGGUGUUUCGGUCGGCGUGGAGGAGUUGAGCGUGCCGGCGUAUUACAUCCUGUGCGAGAAGGACAAGACGAUUCCCGUGGCGACGCAGGAGGAGAUUAUUUCGAGUAUCCCGACGCUGAGGGAGGUGUUGCGGAACCCGGGCGGCCAUUCUGCGUUUAUCACGGAGGUUGAUACGUUUGUUGGGCAGAUUGAGCAUGUUUCGGAUGAUGUUGAGAAGAGGGAUGGGCGGGAAUGA